UAUAUAAACAAAAAUAUUUCACUUCACUACAAUUUAAGAUGCGGCAUUUAUUGAAAGGUGUAAACUCAAUAAAAAAUCUGCACAAAUGUCUUCUACAACAAAGUGGUGCAACCUAUUGCACACAAAAGAAAUUGGCAAACGAAAUGUUUACGGCGCAAUAUUGCGUUAAUUUGGUGGAGAAAAAUGAUUAUGAGAACUAUUUAUGCACGUUGUUGUUGAAUGGUGAUCAUCGACGCCACGCAUUUGCGUUGAGAGCAUUCAAUGUUGAAGUGGCCAAUUGUGGUGCUAAGGUGUCUGAAGAGCAUAUUAUUAAAUUAAAAUUGAAGUUUUGGUAUGAUUCAAUUGAUAAAUGCUUCUCUAAAGAGGGUUCUUACGUUGCCGAUCAUCCAGUUUUACGGGAACUAAAAAAUACUGUAGAUUCAAACAAGCUGAGCAAAAUUUAUUUAAAGCGCUUAGUCACGGCACGUGACCGACCAUUGAACCAACCAUUCCUUUCAGUAAAACAAUUAGAAGAGUAUGCCGAUCAGGUUUUCUCAUCACUGUUUCAUCUUUUAGUUGAAUUAAAUGGAAUUAAGGAUGUACAGGUGGACCAUGCGGUUUCCCAUCUAGGCAAAGCUCAAGGUAUUGCAACACUUUUGAGGGCGAUACCAUAUAAAGGACGGAAUCAGGCAUUGAAUAUACCACAAGAAUUGUUAAUCAAACAUGGUGUCAGCCAGGAGCGCAUAGUGCGGGACAAAGUUGAUGACAAAGGUGUGGAAGAGUGCAUUUUUGAGGUGGCAUCUGUGGCGCAUCAACACUUGGAAAAAGCCCGUAGUCUUAUGGAUAAAGUACCUAAAGAAGUGCGUAAAUUUUUCCUGCCUUCCAUCGCAGUGGAACGAUAUUUGGAACGCUUACGAAAGUCGAAGUUUAGAUUAACCGAUCAGAGGUGUUUACAAAGAGAUUCGAUGCUACCGAUGUCAUUAUAUUGGAGUAACAUGCGCAGGCGCUAUUGAAUACUUUAUUGUGGGUCUUCAGCAAAUUCAAUUGGAAUGAAACGCCAAUUCUUUGCCAAAUCAUGCAGUGAAUCGGCGAUUAGUUGACUGAUAAUACGCAAUAUACUACUGCAAUAGGCAUAAGCAAUCCAUCACGUGAUAUAAUCAAACGAAAAAGAAAGAAAUUGUAAAUGAUUUAAAAUGCGAUAAAUACAAAGAAAGCAUAAUUCAUACUUGCGA